AUGUCACAGUACGGUACAGCAUACUGCCUAAAAUGUCAAAAACACUUCUGCUUUUGUCCAGAGUCUAUCAAUUAUCACAUACUUUCAGAAGAAGAAGAAGAAGAAGACAACUCUCUGGUUUGCUCCGAAUCAAUAGAAUCUACUCCAUCUCCGGCGGCACCUGCAUCAACGGCACCCGGACCAUCCACCACCACCACCAAAAACAUACAACAAAAACAAAGUUGCCCUUGCAAUAAAAGGGAAAAAGUGCCAGCCCUACCAAACCAACCAACAAAAAACAUAACUAUACAGAUGCCUCGUCGGUGUUGUGUUCCUGGUUGUAAGGGAAACUAUGAUACCACUCUGAAAGCUGAGGAUCCUGUCUCUACAUUUUCAUUCCCAAAAGAACAAGAGCUGUUGGAAAAAUGGAUCAGGGCCAUACCAAGAAAAGACUGGAUUCCUACAAAAAGUAGUGCAGUUUGUGCCAACCAUUUUUGUGACAGUGAUAUUGUGCGGUUCAGUGAAUUUACUUUGCCCAAUGGACAAAUAAAUAAAAUACCUCUGAAAUACCCCAAAUUAAACCAGAACGCUGUUCCAAUUAUUUAA